AUGGCUAAACAAGCUGCAGCUCAGAAAGGCUUUCUUUGCCAGAUGUCAGCACCCCUGAUGAACAAAAUGGCCCAAGAGAACCCCCAGCCAGAUCCUUUUAUCUAUGUGGAUGAUUCCAGCAUGAACUCCCAGGAUGAUUCACAGUUACUGGCUGGUCCCAAGAAAUGCAAGAAGCAUCAAGAACGCACCUCAUUUACCCAAACACAGCACAAAGAAUUGGAGGCUCUGUUUAGCUGCAACAUGUUUCCAGAUAAAAAUCUCCAGAGAAAACUUGCUUUAAAACUCAACCUACCAGACUCAACAGUAAAGAUUUGGUUCAGGAAUCGGCGGUUCAAAAUGAGGAAGCAGCAGCAGCAGCAACAGAAAUCACUGAAGCCACCAAACCAGAUCCUUCCAGCCAAGAACGUGUCAACAGCAUCAACAAGUCCUCAUUUUUUCCCCCCAACAGUUUCAGAUUUCUGUAGCUCCUUCUCACCUCAGCCCUUAGGCCCUUUCAAUUGGGUGGGGGACUCUGUUCUCACUGAGAGUCCUACAAGUGAUGUCCAAAUCCAAGAUCCUCAGUUGGAGAGGCUGGUGGCCUCAGUUCCUGCUUUGUACUCUGAUGCCUAUGACAUAGCCCAAAUCAUGGAAAUGUACAGUUUUCCUGAUGAAGAUGAGAUAGCCAGCUAUUCUUUCCACUCUCUCUAUCAGUAUCUCUCACCAACAAGGCCCAGUUAG